CCAUGCAGCGACGACAGCGUCCAACAUCACCACCCCCAGCCAUCCCCCGGUCCAUGUGUCGCGCCACCGCUUCCCCCGCCGGUCGCCAUCGCCGGUGACCUCAGCUCGCACUGCCCCGCCGGUCGGGUAUAUAUAGACUCGACGGCCACCCGACAGGCUAUACUUCCCACCCCAACCACUGAUCGCUCUCCAGGUAUUCUCACCUGCACCACUUGGAUCUUCUUCUCUUCUGCUAGCUGAACGAGCCACCUGGGUUGCAUUAGCAACCUGCUCAGUAGUGAUAGGUAUCCUCGGCUCCUAGCUAGUUUGACUACUUUGGUAGGUGAUCGUCGGACCAGGCAUGGCGAUGGCGACGACGGAGCAACGUCUUGGCCGCGUCCAUGAUGACGACGAGCGGCAAGACGGUGGUGACCGCGGCGUCGUGGCGAGGGAUGCGGCGAGCCGGCGGGUGUCCCGCCUGGCUGUCGAGGGAGGCGCCGACGCCGACGGCAGCAAGGGCGCCGGGCGUGCCCAGGGCGUGUUGAAGGGCAGGCUGCAGGACGACGCGGUGGCGGCGCGGCGCCGGCGCUCGUUCGGCGGCGCGCGGGCGCUGCCGCCGCCGCACGCGUGGCUGGCGAUCGAGGACGCGGGUGGCAAGAAGCGGUACGACAGCGACCCGGAGGCGGCGGCGGAGGAGCAGUGGGCGCGGCUGCUCGGCGCGACGGGCGCGAGGCAGCAGCAGCUGCGGCGGAGCAGCUUCACGGUGGUGCGGCGCGAGCGCGCGGCGCGGGAGGCGUGGCUGGACCGCGCGUGGGAGAUGAAGCGGAGCUGGCACCAGCGCAACGGCGGCGCCCCCGACGCGGACACCCCCGUGGUGGUGGUGGUGGGGAAGGGCGGCGGGGGCGGCGGCGAAGGCGGCUCGGGCGCCUCCUCGCCGGGCCGGUCCCAGCAGGCGGGCGCGGUGGGCGGCGGCGGCGUGGCCAUGGACGUGGAGGAGGUCCGCGCGUGCCGCGACCUCGGGCUGGAGCUCCCCUCCGACUGCACCGUGGAGAUCCAGUGCUACGGGCUGACGUCCGGCGGCAGCAGCCCCACCCACACCGCCAGCAGCGGCGCCGACUCCCCCGGCGCCGUCUCCAGCCCCGGAGCUGAUCCGAUGGACGUGAAGGCUCGGCUCAAGGUGUGGGCGCAGGCGGUGGCGCUGGCAUCCACCUCCCAUCUCGGCUCCUGAUAAUGCUCCAUGCCAUGCACACAUGCCAGCCACCGUGGCAGCAACAAAGCAAGUGAUCGAAACAAGCUGGCAUAAAUUUUUUUAGCCGUAUCAUACAUGGGUUCUCUAGCUAAUAUGUAUGCAGAUGUGUGUGCACCGCUGUGUUUUUUUUUUGUUUCUUUUCGUCCCAACGUACUUAAAUAUAAAUGCUGUACGCACUCGAGUAAUUAAGUACUCUUCCAUUUGUAAUUUGUAACUUGUGAGCCUUGAGUGUGUGGGAGAGACAUAUAAGCGUGUGUCUUGUGUGUGUCUGUGUGAAAAUCAAUGUAUACUAUCUACAUUUCUAACGACAACUUUGAUCGUCCCAGGCAA